AUGAUGCAGAACAAGCAGGUAGUUAGCGGCAGACUCGGUGGAGGCCCACGCGCGAACAAGGCCAAUGCAAGCAUUGGAGACAACCCAAGUGGUAACCGCUCCAGUGGUAGCGGGCCCAAGGGGGACAGCCUCCCCACUGCGGAGGAUGUGAAAAAAAUAAACCUGAAAAUCACUGACGGGGAAAUCAAGAUGCAUCUGAAAAUAAUCGAGGCACUCUACCCGAACAUGAAGCCCAAAGUAGAUAGGCUAAUAAACGGGACGUACAACAUUUUCACAAAAUUUUUAAUACAGUCUCAUAUAGACGACUACAACUCCUUCGUAAAUGUUUACAUCAAGAACAUGCCGGAGAGCAUCCCCGUGAUGGAAUUCUCCCCCAACAUAAACACAUACGCUGCGCAAAACUUUAACAAAAAAAAAACAGAUUCGAUAAAAUUUUACGUAAGUGACAUAAGAAUAAAAAACCCCGUGUUGAAAAACGACAAAGGAGAAACAAGAAACGACUAUCCCUAUUUGUGUAAACUAUCAGCGAGAACCUACGAAGGAGAAAUAACUUUAAAAAUUAACAAAAAAACGAAUGAUGAAAUAACUAGCACUACGGUGAGUGCAGGGACCAUCCCUGUGAUGGUGUUAUCAAAUCUGUGCAAUCUGAGCAGCUUAAGUAAGAAGAUGCUGCCCCAGAAGGGAGAAGACGAAAGUUUGUUAGGAGGAUUCUUCGUCAUCUCAGGACAUUUAAAAGUUAUUAGAUAUGUAAUUCACCCAAAGUACAACACUAUUCUACUUAAUGACGAGAAUAAAGUGCAUAUGAAUUGCCUACUAAAUGAUAACUCAGUUUAUGUGAACUUUUUGUCUUGUCUAAAAUUUGAUUUCUUUAUCUAUGGCGCGAGGUACCAAAAUGGAGUCAUCAUAGUCCCUCUGCAUAUCAUUCUGUUACUUCUAAGUCCUAUUAAGAAAAAAAGUUACUUAUUCAGUAAAAUGAAAAUGGGGAUCAAAAACGAAAAUGCAGUCAAGUAUAUAGAGCAAUACAUCCAAUCCAUAUUUAUAAAAAAUGGACUAACCGAAAAAGAAGUAUUUGAAAAAUAUAAUUUGAAAUAUCUAGGCAACUCUACCUAUUUCAAGAGGGGCAUAUUUCGUUAUAGUGUCGCCUCUGAUGAGAAAAAAGGCAAAACAAUUCUAAGGUAUGUAAUUCUACCUCAUAUCCAAAGCUACUCAGAGAAAUUUGAAACGGUCUGUAUGAUGUUUAAGACGUUAAUUCUUAGCAAGUUUAAGUUAAUCGCUCGAAUUAAUAAGGAUUCGCUCGAAAACCACGCAGUUACGACGUGUAGCCAUUUGCUGUCCAACUUGCUGAAGGAACAAAUCAUGACUUGCCUCAGCCGCUUAGCUUUCAGAUAUACCAGGAACUUUUACAAAUUUUACGAGAAAAAAUAUGACUCCUUUAAGGUGAUGGUGAAGCAGAUUUACCUCCGUUAUAAGGAGAUGGUUAUGGAUGAGCUGGACGAGAAGCACCUGAACUCGGUGCCCCUGCAGGGCGAGGACUCGGAUGUGGCCAAGCUGGCAGAUUCAGGAAACCAACUCGCCAUUAGCCAUAAAAGCGAAUCGGUGAAAAAGCUCAAGUCCAUCUUCAUCGGUGAGAAGGAGAAGCUCUUCAGCAGCGUCGAGAGCUACGUUCGAGAACUUUACAACGACAACAACUUCUUCGUAGAAAUCGCAAGGUCCUUCUCCACGCUGACCAUACCAAUAACAUUCUUUUUCAAGACGGGAAAUAUUUCUUCAGAAAAUAUAGGAUACCAGCAGAAAAGCGGGUGGGUCAUCGGAGCAGACGAAAUUAACAGUCUUCGAUUUAUUACGAAUUUUAGAGCAAUACACAGAGGAUGCUUUUUUCAAGACGUUAAAAUUUUAAGUCCAAGAAAAUUACUGGGGGAAUCAUGGGGAUUCAUAUGUCCUGUCCAUACGCCUGACGGUUCCCCCUGUGGUUUGCUAAAUCAUUUGUCUCAGUUUAGUUACGUACACAAUUCGGCUAGCAAUGAAUCACACAAGCUGAAUAUAAAAUUGUACUUAAAAAAAAUUGGCGUUAACGUAAAUCUGGAUGAUACUAGUGGUAUCCCCACAAUAUAUGAGGAUCAAACUAUACCCAUCGUUGUGGACUCGGUUCCCAUAACGUACAUAAGUGAGCAAGACUUUAGCAGAGUUGUUUACAAGUUAAAAUAUGCCAAAAAUCACAACCUCUACAAUUUGAAGGCCUACUUUGAAAUCAAUGCCUACCUGAAUGAACCCCUUCUCAUGAACUCCAUAAUAAUUAACACCUUCCCCGGGAGAUUGAUUAGGCCACUCUUUAAUUUAAAAAUGAAGUGCAUAGAAUACAUCUCCCCGUCUUAUCAACCUUACGUAGCUAUUGCCAUAAAUUACGAAGAUAUUAAGAAGAACAACCUAGCCAGGAGGAUGCUAAGAAUGAAGGAGCGUUUAGUUGGUUCCAAAAAAGGGGCGCAGCAAAAAAUGACCAUAAAGGAGCAGUAUUUGCUUCAUACCAGGAGGAAGAAAUUGGCAUCCUCCUCAAAGGGGAGUGCUCUUCAAAAUGGCAGUACUGUGGAGGGACCCGGGGCGUCCGAAUCGGCGAUUAGCAGGAAAGUGCUGCAACUUUUAGAAGAUGGUGAAAACGAGGAGGGGGAACAUACGGAUAGCCAAGGAGACCACACACGUGACGAGGACGACUACGUGAGCAGCUCGAACUACGACUCGAGCGGGGACUCAUGUGGGGAAGGAAGUGACGACAGAAGUGAAGAACGUGAGGGAAAAAAUAGGCACAGUGUACCGCCCACCUCCUACACAGACAGCGACGAAAACGCAAACCUAGACAUCUACGAGCAAAUGCCGCAAAAGUUCGAAUACAUGGAAUUGAAGGAGACGUCUUUCCUGUCCUUCUUGGGAUCGCUGACCCCCUUUUCCGACCACAACCAAAGUCCGCGUAACAUUUACCAGUGCCAAAUGUUGAAGCAGACGAUGGGCAUACAAAGCUUAAACAUGAUGUAUACAUUCACGAACAAAAUAUAUAGGAUGAUAACCCCUCAAUAUCCGCUAGUCGUUACGAGAGAUUACGAGCUCUAUGGGGUGGAUAAUUUUCCUAGUGGCACGAAUGCAGUUGUGGCAAUUUUGGCGUACACCGGGUACGACAUGGAGGACGCACUGAUUAUAAACAAGUCCAGUGCGGAGAGAGGUAUUUUCAGGACUCAUAUUUACAAAACGGAAGUUAUCGACUUGGAGAAAAAUCUUGGUGAUGGGGAUUUUAUACUCGGCAACAAUGUUAGAUACACGAGCAGCAAUGCAGGAACAAAUGCAAAUGCCACGAACAGUAACAGUACUGGUAAGAGUAUCUCAAAAAUUCAGUACGAACAUAUGGGUAAGAUGUUAAAUAAGGACGGGUUGCCUCGCGUGCAACAGAAGAUAGUGGAGUCGAGUCCACUCUACUCCUAUAUCAAUAAAGCAAGCGAACUAACCGUGUAUGAGAAAUUUAAAGAUCAUGGGGAAUAUUACGUAGACUGUGUAACUAAUUACAAAAGUACGAAGAAUCAAAUUGCCAUCGUCCGAUUACGCACGACAAGACCACCUCUUGUGGGAGAUAAAUUUGCAUCCAGACAUGGACAGAAGGGAGUUGUUUCCAGGUUGUUUCCACAUGAAGAUAUGCCCUUUUCGGAAAGUGGAAUUGUCCCCGAUGUUAUUUUCAACCCCCAUGGUAUCCCCUCACGUAUGACCAUUGGUAUGCUUAUCGAGAGCAUUUGUGGAAAGGCUGCCUGCAUCUAUGGUAAGAGAAUUGACGCCACUCCGUUUAGGAAGUACACGAAACAGAGAAGUUUCAACAACGAGUGGAUUGACAAUUGUGGCGUUAAGGGUUUUCUCGAGAGGGAAAAACAAGGAAAAAAUGAAGACGGAAAGGAUAGUAGUACCCACGCUGCUGAGCAGGAGGUUAACCAAAGUAAAUGGAAGAAGAAAAAAAAUGAUAUCCCCAAGGGGGAAACCCAAAAGAGCACAAAAAACAAUAUCACGUAUGACGAAAAAAUAGACUACUUCGCAAAGCUGCUGCUAAACAAGGGCUACGAUUACUACGGAACGGAGUUACUCUACAGUGGCAUAUACGGGGUACCCCUCCAAGCGCACAUUUUCUUUGGUGUCAUUUAUUACCAAAGGUUACGUCAUAUGGCUUAUGACAAGGCGCAAGUUAGGCGAACAGGACCAAUAUGUAACUUAACCCAUCAACCCUUAAAGGGGAAGAAAAAACAUGGAGGAAUCAGACUAGGAGAAAUGGAACGAGAUGGACUAAUAUCUCACGGUUGCAGUUUUAUAAUUAAUGAGAGAUUUCUCAUGAAUUCGGAUGGACAUGAGUGCUUUGUUUGUCCCCAAUGUGGACUAAUCCUUUCCCCAAUUAUGCAGUUCACCUGUAGUGGGGAAAUGGUUAAGGGCAGGAGCAUUGGUGGAAGGAGUAAAAUAGCAGUUUGCAAAUCUUGUGGCGUUUCAUGUAAAAUUGUUUAUGUGCCCUAUGUUCUGCGCUAUUUACUGAAUGAGUUAGUCUGCCUGAAUGUGACCAUCCGGCUGAAUAUCAAGUCGGUGGAGAACAUGUUUGAUAUGAAGUAG